UCCUCCCGCCGGCUCCUCCCGGGCGGGCGGUGCUCCGGCCCCGGCAGUGUCAGUCACGGCCGCGGCAGCAGCGAGCAUGUCCUCCAGUAGGGCCAAGAAAGUGAAGAUGGCCACCAAGUCCUGCCCGGAGUGCGACCAGCAGGUUCCUGUUGCAUGUAAAUCAUGUCCCUGUGGCUACAUAUUUAUUAGUCGAAAACUCUUGCAUGCUAAACGUUCUGAGAGAUCCCCACCCAUCACAGAAAACAAGAGCGAGGCCAAGCGGAGGCGGACAGAGAGAGUUAAGCGAGAGAAGAUAAAUUCUGCAGUAAAUAAAGACUUAGAAAACCGAAAAAGAUCCAGGUCUAACAGCCAUUCAGAUCACAGCAGAAGAGGAAGAGGAAGACCUAAGAGUGCCUCAGCAAAAAAGCACGAGGAAGAAAGAGAGAAACAAGAAAAAGAAGUGGACAUGUAUGCCAACCUUUCAGAUGAAAAGGCCUUCGUGUUUUCGGUGGCCUUGGCAGAAAUAAACAGAAAAAUUAUCAAUCAAAGACUCAUUCUGUGACUUUUAAGCCCAGCAUGGUGCAGUUUAUGCAGGAUGGCUGGCAGAUGGCCAAGGUGUUUGGACUCUCGGCAAGUGUGUUGUCUACACCAACAAGGACCGUAGUAUUUCCUGUUAAAAUUCUGCUGCUGUUCUUGGAAAUGGAAUUCUGUCUCUACCAGUCGGAAAGAAAGUGUGUCACAACGUUGUGCUGUGAGAAAUCAGGAAGCAGAUAUGUUUUACUCCUUGAAGACAAUUGCUAGACAAAUGCACAGAGAGACUGCACCUGUUCCAGAGCACUUCUCUUGAAUUUGCUGCCAGAAAUGCAAUAUUUUAAAUAUUUUCAAAAAUAAAUGAUUUUCCUUUAAAAUUAUAUAUUUCAGAUUUUUCAGCUAUAUUGCAGUUUAUGUAUGUACAGUUCACAUAACUUUUUAAUAAAUUGAUAUUCCAAUA